AUGAAUCGCGCGAUAUUUCGAGCGUUUCCUUUGCUUCUUUCCGCCAACACCUCGAAUCGUUUGAGACACUGCGUUCGAGCGAUGUCGGAAGUUGAGAAGGCGCGCGAGGCCGCGCUUCACAAAGAUGUUCAGGCGAACGACACGAUUUUCGGGAAGAUCAUUCGCAAAGAGAUUCCCGCCCAAAUUUUGUUUGAGGACGACGAGGUUCUCGCGUUUCGCGACGUCUCUCCGCAAGCGCCAACGCAUUUUUUGGUGAUCCCGAAGCGACGAAUCAACAUGCUUGAGAACGCCGAGGAAGGCGAUGGUGCGCUUCUCGGCAAACUGAUGCUCACCGCGGCGAAGGUCGCCAAACAGGAGAAGCUCGCCGAUGGCUAUCGCGUCGUCGUCAACAAUGGAAAAGACGGCUGCCAAUCGGUGUUCCACAUUCAUUUGCAUGUUUUGGGUGGUCGCCAACUCAACUGGCCGCCCGGAUAA